AUGGGAGUAGAGACACCUCAGCUAGCUCUGAGGAUGUGUCAGUACAACAGGAACCUCGCGAGAGGGUUGGCCAUUUUUCCAGCAGCUCACGAUAUGCCAGUGCUCAAGACUCGCUCCGAGUUUCACAUGGUCGAAUGCCUGGAUCCAGAAGUUUUCGGAGCACAUAGGUGUGGCGUACGGCUCAAGCAACGGCGAAGAUCAAGACCAACACGAGCUCCAUCCGCAGUUCGCCUAGUAGGUUCAAAUAAUUCGGUCGCCUGCGUCUACAUUAUGCGUGCCAUACCGGCCGCAGGCCGACCUGGGUCAGGAGGAUGA